AUGAUCAGACGUCAGCAGGGUCGUUCCGUUACCAUACCAGGUCCCAAGGUGCUACAGAUAGCUCACGCCCUGAUGUCCAGUGUAGACUCUGGGGACCCGGAGACUGUCAUAGAAAACGUAAACAACGAUCUCUUAGUAGAAGCAGGAACAAGCAGAGCAGAAAGCGAAGAAACCUUAAACACUGGUGAUCAGGAGACACUACCAGAAACCUCGGUCAAAAUCGAACCAUUACCAUCACCAACCCCAUCAUUCGAAACAGAAACAGAAUGUGAAAAUUCAUCAUUAACACCUAGUAAAAAUGCGCAAAAUUCUUUUAAAGAAUCAAGGCCUAAUUUAAAGGAUGAAUCUAUGUUUCCAUCUGCAGAAGAAGUACAUUAUUUAGAAGUUCAACUCUUGAAACAGAAAUUAAGAGCUCAUCAACAAGAGAAUAAGAGUAAAGCGUUACAUGCAGAAGUCAUACAAAACAUGGAGUUUAAGAUUUUAAAAGAGAAGCUUAGAGAAGCUAAGGCUAAAGCGGACUUAGCAGAGUUGUGCUUGAAAAGACAACAAAGGUAA